UUCUCACCUCUCCAAACUAAAUCUUCAUUUUCUGAGAUUUUUCUUUACAAACUCAUUUUGGUUUCAGCAGCUAGCUAGGAGGGGUUCAUAUACCAAUCUUUUUGUUUUUUUUUGCAAGAAAAAAUGAAGGAAAACAUGGAGAAUCCUCUGCGUUUGAAGUCAUUGAAUCACAUAUCAAUUGUUUGCAGUUCAGUGGAAAAGUCUCUUGAUUUUUACCAGAAUGUUCUUGGCUUCUUCCCCAUCAGAAGGCCUGGUUCCUUUGAUUUUCGUGGAGCUUGGUUAUUCAACUAUGGCAUUGGGAUACAUCUUUUGCAAGCAGAGGACCCUGACAACUUGCCCAAAGUUACCAACAUUAACCCCAAGGACAAUCACAUUUCUUUCCAAUGUGAAAGCAUGACAACGGUGGAGAAGAGGUUGAAGGAGAUGGAGAUAGAGUACGUCAAGUGUAGAGUAGAGGAAGGUGGGGUCCACGUGGAUCAGCUCUUCUUCCAUGACCCUGACGGAAUGAUGAUUGAAAUCUGCAACUGCGACAACUUGCCGGUCAUACCUCUCUCCGGCGAACCCCUCCGGCCUGCUGCGGCCCUCACUUGCACCAUGCAACAGCAGCAGCAGAUUCAACAAGUUGUAUAAACAUAUAUAUAUGGUGAUGCUGUUUUGUACACUUUUUAAUACCUGAAGUAAAAGGAUAAUGGAAAGCUAUUUUCCAGUUCAAGAUAUUAUUCCACGUUCAAUGUAUUCAAUUGUACGUUAAUAUAAUGUUUCGUGUGCCAUCGUGUUGAGAUGUCUUCUCUAA